AUUGAAGUUAUUUGUCAGACUCAACCACAGAACAGAGAACUAGGUCCUAGAGGACAAUAUGAAUCAACUCUGUGUUACAGGUCAGUAGUGUAAGUUAGAGCUGUUAACAGCAUAACAUCCUUUCUAUGUAACUCGUGACGUUAGUGGUAUGACAGGUUAAGAUGCAUGAGUCAACAUCCCAAUAUUUUGGCACCUUGGAUCAACUGCUUGUAUUUUUUAACCUUCAUUUAAACAGGAAAUCUCUUUAGAAAAAACAAUAAGAACACUGAGCUCAGUAAGACAAAUGAUAUGUCAGAGAAAUUCUGACAAAAAAAAUUAGAUUCUCCAAAUUUGCAGGAGAAAAAAAAAUCUCUGAUCCUGAACUUUAGAGAAUCAGGAGAAUAAAUAUGUUUCAGCCAAGGAACUAGGUUAGCUUGCCUCCAUCUGAUAAAUGAAAUGUCUAGGUCAUGUUACUACUCAAAGAAAAAGAUAAGAUGGGAAAACUGUGUGAAAGAGUCCCUUCACUGUCGGUCUGUUGCUUUAUAUACCUCUGCUGUCACCCACGUUUUGGUUAUUCCCUACAAGCUGAAGGUCAAACUUUCCCGUCCCGGUCGACAUAAUUGUUUGUUUCCGAGUGGUAUAAUAUUUAUAUAAGGUUGCAGUGCAGCACAUGUAAAUGCAGCAAUAUUUUGAAUUCAUAUUUCCUAUUUGCUUUGUGAAGUGCAUUACAUAACCAGUAUGUGAAAGGAUGUUUUUGAUUCUGGUUAUAUAAACUGUCUGGUGGCUGACAUACCACCAGAAAAACAGUUUACCACAUGUCAUAAGCUCAAUUUUCAGUCACACAUUGUUUUCUGUGCCCCGAAAGGAUCAAGGACAUUCAUGUCUUGUAAAGGAAUUUAAAAGUUUUUUAAAAUCUCAAUUUGCAACCAUGCCCAUUCUGAAGAAGCUGCCAGGAAGGUCCAAGAGCUGCCACGAGUUCCCCAGAGUGAACGGUGAACUGAUCCUGCCCCGGCUGGACUUGGACCUCAGGGAGUUGAAUGAUCUCAAUGACCUGAAGGAGCUGAAUGACCUGAAGGAUCUGAACAAGAACCUGAACCCCUUUGAGGAUGUGGACCUGGAUGAGGAUGACAGGAACGGAGGUGACAUGGGCCUGAUCAUGGGGAAUGUCAGGGGUAACCUCCAGCUCAGGUCUUCCCGUGAUGGAGAAGAAGAGGAAAACGAGGUGAAUGCAGAAAGACACGGGGCAGGGAACCCUAAGGGGAAACCUCUCAGAGGGACCCUGGAGCGGAUCUGUGGAGUGUCACCCCUCAAAACCCUUGGCAAACUGGGGAAGGGGCUGCGCAUAUCAGGACGCAAUGUAUGGGGGAGCAACUCUCCCCACUACAUCCCUGGAGAAUCGAAUACACUCCCCCCAGAGAGGGAGAAAAGGAAAGGACUACGCAGAAGUUCGGAGGGAAUUAUGACCCUGCUCCGCUUUACAGGUCGACGUAAGGAGGAGCGCAGAGAAAGCCUGCCCUGCGGGGACCUGAGCGCAGACACUGAGGCCGAGGCUUCCAGGCGGCCCUCCUUCCUCAGGAUGGUCAGUCUGGGGAAGCUGAAGAGAGAAUCCAUGUCAGACAAGGCCUCCCAAGAGGCUGAGGAGGAGCCAGUGGAGGAGGAGCCAGUGGUCAAAACCAGAGAACCCCUCUCAGUACUGGAGAUCCUACAGUUGGUCAACCACAGGGACCUUCUCCUGGCUGACACGCACAUUCAGGAGUUGGAGCGAGAGUGUGAGCUGCUAUCUCUACUGCCGACCCCAACUACUCCAACUCUUACCCCUACGCUGUGUCCCAGCACCCCUCCUGGCAUGAUCCCCUAUUCAUCCUCAUCCAUUGAGGACUCCCUCAGCUCCAAUGCGACACUAGACUCCAGCCGGCGGAAGGCUAAGGAUGUGGAGCUCCUGUAUGAGGCCCUGCAGAAGGAAAUGUGGGACGUAGUGCGUGAGUCCCUCCGUCAGCCCAGCGCUGGUCCCAACCUUGGGCUGGUGGUGCUGGUGAUCCAGCAGGAGGAGCAUGCUGAUGCUGCCUGGGCCCUGAGACAGGAGACCAAGCCAGAGCGAGAGGGCCCCUUGAUCCAGCCCAGCCACCGUCCCCGGCAACUGAAGAUGAAGUGGAGGCAGGCCGUGGCUGAGGCCGCAGACUGGAGCCUGCCGCAUCAGGUGGAUACCCAGGCAGGCCAGUUGGCCUCAUACUUGGAGCGCCUGAGGAGCCGGAUGGCGGAUGACCUUGAUGCAGCACGGAGGAAUGCUGUAUCCAUUUACCCAGAGGAGUUUGCUGCCUUCCAGGUGUAUGUGGAAAGUUACCAUCGAGCCGUGGCCAAACGUCUUCGGACUAUUACCAGUGGCCCGCUGCAGAUUACAGAUGUCUACUCACUACUGGACUGGUUCUACAACAUCUACAACAGGGAUGUCCUAGGAACCAUUGGCACAACCACACCUAUCAACUAUGCUCCUCUGGAACCCAUUCUGCCUCAAGGCACAGUGGACAGGCUGGAACAAGACUGCAUCAGUAUUGUCAGGGAGAAGGUGACAACAGAGCUUAUUCAGGUUCUGGAUGAAGAGGAGAGGCGAUGGGCCCAGACUCUGCACAUAGAGGAGUAUCAGUCGCACCUAGCACGUUCGGUCAUCCAGAGGCUAAAGGUGGAUUUGGACAGAUCCACAUCUGUGAAUCAGUUUCUAGGGGCAAGAGUAGCUCGUUGUAGUCUGACUGGAUUGGCUGACUUUCUCUACAAUUUCCAGAGGAAGGUGGAGAUGUUUCACGAGACUCAGGCAGAAUUCGGAGACCGAGGGGACGGAUAUGUUUCCAGGACCAUAGCUCUGGUCAACUGCUGCCCUCCUCUCAGAUCCUUUGUGGAGCGCUGCAGGCAGUGUGAUCCACAGGGCAGUGAGGAGUCAGCACAGAGAGCCAACUCCUCCCUGGACAGGGUCAUCAACCAGUCAGUGAGGGUGCUGACUGACAGGCUGUUUGAGCACAUCAGGCCUUUCUUUGACAAACUGAUAAAGAGAAAAUGGCUGAAUAACACAGAGGCCUUUGAGGCCAUUGAAGCCAGCAUUAAACAGCACUUCAAGAAGUUCAGAAGGAUGGACUGUCCACCGUAUCAGACGCUGGUGGGUGAGGUGCACCGGCGGGUCCUGGUAGAGUAUGUCCGAGCCAUUAUGCGGGGACGCGUAAUCUGCACGUCCUCCAAGAUGAGGAAGAGGAUGGCUUUCCGCCUGCAAGAUGAGGCCAAACAGCUGAAAGGACUCUUUAAAGAUCUGGAAUCGAGCUCAUCCUGGUUGGACAGCAUCGUCUGCCACCUGGCUGACAUCAUUCUCCUGGAGGACACUCCCUCCAUCCAGAUGGAGGUCGCUGUCCUGGUGAAAGAGUUUCCAGACAUACGGAAGAAGCACGUCUCCACCCUGCUGAACAUACGGGGGAUGAUGCGGCAGGCGGAGCGCCAGGAGAUCCUCAACAUUGUCAAAGACUUCGAAUGCAGCAGUGCCCUCAUGUGCCGGGACCACGCCCUCUUUUCUGACAUCCCCAUCACCUCAGAGGUGCACUGCAUCAGCCUGGGUCUGCUUCGCCUUGCCAUGACCGUCUCUAACUGGCUCUCCGAGCACUGCCCGAGGAGAAACCGCAGGACAAGCGCCAGAAACGCAACACCUCAACCUGCCGAGAAUAUGGAAGAGAUAAAUAAACUUCACAGAGAAGACUAGCUGUUGGUGUUUGUGUUAGGAGAGCAGUCACAGACAUGCUGUGAAGACACUGAUGAGAUGUACAUGCACCUUGACCAGAAACUGUACCAAACAUUGUUACCAGCCAUUUAAAGAAACUUGACCUCAGGUACUGCUCGUACUGUACACGCUCACUUACUGACAUUUCUCCAUCUCCACAUGUGCAUUUUUAAUGGAAAUGUGAAACAGACUGUGUGUUGUGAUAGCUCAUUAUGAUUUGAAGUUCAGAAUACAGAAAUAAAUAAGUGGUUUAAAAUAUCCUCAAAAUGUAACUUCAGUUUUGUUUUUUGUUUUUGUUUUAGCCUUUUAUUCCUCGACAUCAUUGCAGAAGCAACUGCUAGCAGAUGAUAUGCAAUAUGAUCUAGGAUGUUUGUUGUUUAACAUGUAUUUACCCAACCAUAUAUAUACCCAUUCUCUGGUAUAUAGUUCAUAUAUAUAUAUAUAUAUAUAUAUAUGAGGAAAUAGUGUAUGGAAAUGUAAAUGUGUUGAACUCUCACUGUGAAUGAAAUGGAUCUGUUGCUGGAACUGUAAUAAAAACCCAUUGACUGGGUAGA